AUGUUGAAAUACCUGGCAGGAAAAUCACCAAUCUCCUUUACAUCCUCUGGCAUAGGAUAUACGGAGGGAGAGCCGGUAGAGAGCCCCUUUGGUCGCUUACAGAGCUAUGCGUGGUACAAUAGCACAGCUAAGGGUAAAGACACGCCAGCAUCGCUUUUCAAGUUCUCAUCAAAACAUUGCGAGCAUACAGGUAACAAAACUGAUCAGGAAUUUGCCGAGAGGCACAUGCGAUGCAUUAAACUCAUUGUCCAUCCCAACGUACUUAAGGUGUUGAAAAUUAAGCAAAGUGACACCGGGAUCACUAUCGCAACGGAGCGCUGCUACCCUCUCUCAACAUCUACCAUCUCGGCCGACCCAUCACUUGGGUUCGCACAGAUUAUUUCUGCGCUUCAUUUCCUUCACACAAAAUGCAACAAGAGCCAUUGCUUAAUUUCACCAAUCGGAGUGGUAGUCCGGGAAGAUGGCUCUUGGUGUCUAACCUCCUUUGAAUGCACUGUUGAACAUGACACAUCCAUUCACCGCGUAUUGUCGGAGCUCAAAUGGCACGCUUCGUGGAACAAUGGAUGGCGUAUACCCAUAUCUGCUACUGAGUUGAAGGAUGUCAGACAGUUGGACCAAUGGGGACUGGGUGCUUUAAUGUGCUGGGUAUACACUCUUAUUUCCGGGCAAAUGGACAUAUUUAGUCUACGAAGACAUGACUGUGAUAUACAAUCACUUAAGCGCUAUGCGCCAGCCAAUUUACGCGGGCUGAUCGACCAGCUCAUGUCCCCUGAUCACGAUAUCAACUUAGAGGAGGUUUUGAAGACACAUCCAUAUUUUUCAAAAAAUGAGGGUAUCGUGGCAAUGUCCUUUGCCAUGGAGUUUCACAUCAAGACCGAAGAGCAGAUGAAGCAGUUUUUUUCACAAUUGCCAUCAAAGCUUCCGCUGAUACCUACUGAUAUCGCGUGUAAGCAAUUGCUGCCGGAGGCACUUAAGGUGAUAUCGCUUCACAAGGCAUUAGUUCCACAAAUUUUGGUAUCGGUUGUUGCAAUAUGUAAGUCUCUUUUAAAGGACGAGUUUAAAACGAAAGUUUACCCUCACAUUUUGCGCUUAUUUCAAGAAAACGACAGGGCUAUUAGAUACAGUCUACUUAAGCUUAUGCCCGACCUUGACCCUCUUCUCGACGACAACGAGGUGUCUAACAAUUUACUGGAACCUUUGUUGGUUGGCUUGGGUGAUGCUGCAUCUCAAAUCCGUGACGAAACGGUUAAGGGGAUGGUCUACGUGAUGAAGAAAAUAAAACGACGCCAGCAAAAUAAUGCAGCGAUGUUGUUAUUCAAAUGCGUUGAGGACUGCGAACCCACUAUCAGGGUCAACACUAUUAUCUGUUUUGCUAAGAUCAUUCCCUUCAUACAUCAGGAAUUGGUUGAUAGGGUUGUCCCUCAGGUGUGGCGUAUCGGUCUUAGUGACACGUUUCUCAAGUCGAGGAUGGCUGCGCUAGAGUCGAUAUCUGCGUCUCACGACUUUUUCGGGAUAAAAGAAAAAGUUGGAAUUUUGCUCCCAUUGGCGUGCAACACACUGCUAGACACAGAGCUGCAGGUGCGUCGCCUGGGCAUGGAAACCAUCUACUCCAUUCUCGAAUCACUCAGAGGCCAGGUUCAGGGCGUUGAGCCGCAUGCAACUACAACCUCGGGACGGAGAACACGCGAGAAUGGUCAGGCAGGCAUUCAGGGUGUGGGACACGUGAAAUGUACCACCCCGACAACGCAAUCACUGAUACAGCCCAUGACUCUGGGCGCUGCUAGUGUGCCGUCGAAUGUCUACACGGCGAAUUCUGCGUUUUAUGGGACCAGCCCCCAACAGGUGUCUAGUGAGCGACUCCCAUGGGGACCGGACCAAGGACGUCAACAAUCGACUCACAUCGCAACAACUGAACACCAACAACUGUUACAAGAGAGUGUGGAGGAUUUCGAAGAUUUCUUCGACCCCUUUCCGGUAAAGAAUUAA